GAAGCUUUAGAGGCGUUGCAGCGCGAGUACCGUGCAUCCGCAGUAACUUGGAUAUCCUGGGGCGCGGCUGGGUCCGUGGGUUACGUCGUGAGGUUGUGCACUGGGCCUCUCUGGAAGUUGAUGCACGCGCAAUUGAGAUUGGCAGGGCGCAAGUGGGACUGGCGCCAGUCGGUGCGCGCCGCCCAGGGACAGCGCAGGUUGUAUCGUGCCGAUGUCGCUGCAAGCCGGCAAUUGGAGACUGUUGCGCUGGGGGAGAUGCGCGAGCUUUUCACGACGUCCGAUAUCUGGAGCAUUAUCCCGCCAGCUUCCCGCUCGUGCGAGGUGCGAUCGCUGGCUUUCAAGUACUUGAGCGCAUGCUCGUUCGUGUCUUCGUGGUUCGCCUACUGGGAAGGUACUGAGGAUGGCCCCUUUUGGCCUGCUGCAUUCGAUGACCUGUGGAACUUGAAGUUGGCCUUUCAGGAAGAGACUGCUGCAAUUGAAGAUGGGCAUGCUGCUAUUCGACGGGAUGUCAAUCUGCUGAGCACUCAGACCACGUCGCCUCAUAUCCACACCGUGAGUGCCAAGCACAUUGCCCGCGCAGUUCGAAGACUCGGUAGACUUGCACCGCGCGGUCUCGAUCGCGGCUUGGCUGCAGUGGACGCGGGCGCUGAGCAAGCGGACGACGAGGCCCCUGAGCAGCCUCGCAAACGCAUGAAGAGGGGGAGCUGGACGUUUCGCGCUUUCCUUUCUGAGCAGACUCGCGGGACCAAGGGCGGCUGCGCCGCGCCUGGCCGUGGCCAGCAGUUCAGGGAGACCAGCGCCUCCGGGCGGGAGCGGCUCCACAGGAAGGGCAAGGAUGCCGAGGCCGCUUGGUCGGCAGGAGGUCGAGGUUUCGGCAUGAACAACAGAGACAUUGACAUGGCGUUGCUUCGGCGACGGAGGCUUGAACAACAGAAGCGCUUGUCCGACGAGCUCGUGGCCUCGGGCGUGCCCGCGUUGGAGCCUUCUACUAACGAGGUCGAGGAGCUCGGGGUCUUGCCCUUCACCGAGUGGGGCCAGACGCUGGCGCAGGUCAGCAAGGCUGAGGCUUGGAGGAACAGGAAGACUGCUCAACUCGAUCGAUUGGUCGAUCAGGCCCUUGUCGCCUUCAGCGAGGGCGGGGUGGGCGAGUCCAUGGACUUCUUGAAGAAGGCGGUCGAGUCCACCUGCCCGCACUACGGGCCCGCCCCCAGCACGACUGCCGCCGCGCUAGGUCGAGAGACACCCCGUGCUAUUGCCAUAACUUUGAAGUUGUGCGACAACCCUGUGAAUGUCACAGUGCACAUGUUCAAACAGUUCAAGUCUGCCGUGAAGCGGCGCUUGCACCAGGGUGUUGCGUCGAAGUUGUUGGCACAUUCCGACAUAUUGUACCUGCUGACGCGCAAGGUCGGGGAGCCUCAAGGCGAUGGGCGCGAUCCAGCAUUCAGAGUUGCAGAGCAGCGCCUCUACCAUUGUGGCUGGCAGACCCUCAGCAGAUCUGACUUCCACGGCUACUUUCUCGAGGUCGCCCUGCGCGACGAGAAGGUUGAUGCUGCGGGUGGGCUCCCGUUGGACGAGCUGACGGCCUCAGGCGGUCCGGACUACGACGGCAUUUCUACGUGGGAACACUUGCACCAGCCCGAUCUCCGCGAGAUCAAGUUCUGGGACGGACAGGCCGACGUGGAUGCCGCCCUUGCCCCGAAGCCGUCGAAGCCGAGGGGUCCUCGGAAUCAGCCUCGCCCCCGUCAGCGGGGCCGGAGAAAGAGGUCUGAGCCUUCGCCAAUCCUUGACAUGAGCGGCGGCGAGGGAUAUGACAAGACAGACGAAUCCCACGAGGACUCCGAUGGCGUGCAGUUCCCUACCGCAGAUUCGGAUGUCAGGGGCCUCGACCACCACCAGGACCUUGGCUCCGAUUUUGACCCUGGGGCUCUCGGUGCAGAUGGUCGUCCACUGGGAGGCGAUGGCGGAGAGGUUGGGCCAGGCACUCCAAUUGGCGGCUGCGAGGCGCCAGACGGACGCGCCCUCACCGAUGCCUCGCACGACGGGGGGGCGGGCGAGGACGACCUGGACGCGUCGGCGCUGGGCGCUGCACCUGCGGCGCCUCCAG